CGCGUUCACGAUGAUCGCGACGCCCCAUGUCAUCGUCUCUGACCUCCACCAUCCCUCCUUCAUGGCAGCACGCAUGGGAGGCUGCCCAGCCGCGACUGGUGCAAAUCAAAGAUUCUCUGGUGUCUUCGACUUCUCCUGCUCCUCGUAUAACACGCGUCGGUCAACUUGACGCGGAGCUGUUGGAUCAAGAACUCGUCCAGCUCCUCACAGAACCUCUUGUAAAGGCUUUAAGCCUUGUCAAUUCCGCCUGGAAGGCUCGCUUUGAGCCGGAAGUGGCCUUGUUCAUCCAGCUGACACUGUACAAGCUAUCGGUAUGGAAUACCGGUGCCAGCUACGGCGCAGGAUUGCAAGGUUUGAGAUAUGCGACUCAAGGAGGCAGUGGCAGGAAUGAAACGGGGGCCGGGCUCUCCUACCAUACACUCAUUCUUCAUGGCGCUCUGACCACGCUUGUCCCCUACUGUCACACGCGGCUCCGGAACCAUGCACUGUCUCAGGCAUGGCCGGAUGCUCCAUCCUCGGAUCGGCGACGGAAAGCUUGGGAACUCCUCACCCGUGUCGAGUCUACACACGGCCUAUUCGGACUGUUAAAUUUCAUCGCAUUCCUAUGGAAUGGACGGUUCCGCACAUUAGCUGACAGGCUGUUCGGCUUGCGGCUGGUGCCGACGCAGAGACUUACCAGACGGGAUGUCUCAUACGAGUAUAUGAAUCGUCAGAUGGUUUGGCAUGCCUUCACGGAAUUUUUGCUCUUCCUCCUCCCUUUGAUAAAUACCCGAGCUUUGCGACGCUGGAUUUCCAUAUCAAUGUCUCGGCUGACACCAUCUAGUCUACUUCCGGGGCCGGUUCGCUCGUUUGUCGGCCUGAAAGCACAGGAUGACGCGCAAACGGUGCAACACACGCGGCGAGGACCAUAUUGGUCAUUACCUGAGGAUCAAUGCGCCAUCUGUGUUGAAAAUGCAUCCACGAAUUUCAAUCUGAACGAUCCUGCCAAUGCGUUCAGCUCGGUGGACAGCCUUUCUCCUUACAGCAACGCCAACACACCGCAGCCUGGAACUGAUGCGACGGGACACAGUGACGAACCGCCCGCAUACCCGAUUCAUAAUUCGUACAUCACAUCGUGCGAGCACGUCUACUGCUACUAUUGCAUUUCAGAGCGGAUGGUGCGCACAGCAGAAGAUCGUUCCGGCUCAGGGCCAGGUGGAACACGGUGGGAAUGUUUGCGCUGUACCGAGGGCGUAAUAGGUGCCGACAGGCUUGAGGCAGAGGCGGAAGGAUCGGAAUACGAGAGUGGCGAGGAGGAUGAUGAGGACGAUCUGGACUUUGACUACGGGAGCGAGGAUAUGGAGUUCACUGAUAUGAGCGGCAGUAUGGGAAGUUACAGCGAGUCUGGAAUGUCAGAAUAGUAG